AUGGCAAUUUCUGUCAUCCAGCAAUAUGAUUUUGUUAACCAGACACACUGGGACACCUUAACAUGUGAUAUCUUGUCUUAUCCAUGGCGAAAUGAUUUGGAUGUUGUAUGUGCCAUGUUGAAACGUGAUGCGUUUUUAUCUAUCCAUGCAUGUACACAGUUAUUAGAAGACAAGAAUGCCCUGUUGGAAUUAGUGAAAUAUGGCCCCGUGUUGCGUGAUGUCUCUAAAUCCAUUCAACGUGCUCACCCAGAGAUAGUUGUGGCCUCGAUUCAGACAUUCUAUAACUUUCUGCGAUAUGCUAAUAGACAGACAGAUUUUAUUGACAUUACACGCGAAUCUCUUGAGCAAUUAAUACAAAAGAAGAAGAACCUUUGUGUCAAGUUUGACGGUCGCAAAAUAGUCACAGAAAUUACGGAAAAACGGUUGCAAUUAAUCUUCUUAUACUCACAACAACGAAAACAACACUUUCAUUUAAAGAAAAUAUUUGGAUCCAGUAUUGAAGAGCUAGGAUAUGACUCGGAAAUGAUUGUUUACGAAUUUGCGGCUCAAGAAUUUGGAGUACACAAAACAAAUGACGAAGUGAUACAGCAUUUUGUACUCCCACAGUUGAAAAAGUUAGCAAAUAUCGACGCACUGUUGCAGGAUCAUACUGAUUCAGUAUUGAGGGAGGUGAUCAUACAAGCAACCAGUUCCCUCAAUGAAAAAUAA